AUUUAUGAACGGAUUAUUACCUUGGAUAAGAGCAGAGGUUUUCUGUGGUCGACCAAAAGGACUGGCCGAGAUGAUGCAAAUCGCACAGUUGGUCGAAAACAAAGAACUUGUACGAAAUGAAGCAAAAUUAAAUGGGUACUCCGGCGGGAAACAUAAUCCACAUAUUACGAACAGUAGCAAACCGACGGCUGGAAAUAUUACUACCGAAAACAGAGGGAAUACCACGUUUCCAAUACGUACGAUUACCCUAAGAAACUCGAACGCUAAUGAAGUCAGAAAGGAAACAAACUUUCGACGACUACCAGAUGCUGAAUUUCAAGCGCGGAAAGAAAAGGGACUCUGCUUUCGCUGUAAUGAAAAAUACUCGGCGGAUCAUAAAUGCAAAAUGAAAGAAUUACGCGAAUUGAGGAUGUUUGUCGUGGCUGGAGAGAAUGAAGAGUAUGAAAUUAUUGAAGGAAAAGAAACAGCAGAGAAACAAUUAGCAACCUUAGAAGUGAUAGAUGAAAACCGAAAUUUCGCUGAGCUAUCAAUUAAUUCAGUGGUGGGGCUAAAUGAUCCCGGUACCAUGAAGGUAAGAGGGAGAUUAUUGAACAAAGAAAUAAUUGUGAUGAUUGAUUGUGGAGCAACACACAACUUCAUCUCAGAAAAGCUAGUAAAAACAUUACGACUAUCAACCAAAGAAACAACUCACUAUGGGGUUAUCCUCGGAUCCGGAACAGCUAUACAAGGAAAAGGAGUGUGUCAAGCUGUGGAGAUCCAUUUGGCCGAUUGGAAAGUAACCGAAGACUUCCUACCCUUAGAAUUAGGGGGUGUGGAUGUAAUAUUAGGGAUGCAAUGGUUACAUUCACUUGGAGUCACUAUUGUGGAUUGGAAGAAUCUAACCUUUACAUUCACAAACAGCGGUAGACAGAUUUGUAUCAAGGAAGAUCCUAGCCUAACUAAAGCCCGAAUUAGCCUCAAAAGUAUGUGCAAGUCUUGGAAUGAUAACGACGAAGGUUACUUUAUCGAAUGUAGAGCAAUAGAAGUGACAAAAUCAGUAAGUUCAUCACAAGAUGAAAGUAAGUGCACCUUCGAGGGAACAAAAUCGCUGCAAGAAGUAUUUCAACAAUAUAAGGAUGUGUUUGAUUGGCCAGAAACACUACCACCAAAAAGAGAGAUUGAACAUCACAUUUGUCUUAAAGAAGGGACCGACCCAAUCAAUGUGAGACCAUAUAGAUACGGUUUUCAUCAAAAGGCUGAAAUGGAAAAAUUGGUGGAAGAAAUGUUAACCUCAGGAAUAAUACGACCAAGCAAAAGUCCUUACUCCAGCCCAGUGUUACUGGUCAAAAAAAAGGACGGAAGCUGGAGGUUUUGUGUAGACUAUCGAGCAGUCAACAAUGCAACCAUUCCGGAUAAGUUUCCAAUACCGGUUGUGGAAGAACUCUUUGAUGAGUUGAAUGGGGCCUCCUUGUUCUCUAAAAUUGAUCUCAAAUCCGGUUAUCAUCAAAUAAGAAUGGAAGAAAAGGAUAUCCCAAAAACAGCCUUCCGAACACAUGAAGGACAUUAUGAGUUCCUUGUCAUGCCCUUCGGAUUGACUAACGCGCCAGCUACUUUUCAAGCCUUAAUGAACAAUGUAUUCAAGCCUUAUUUGCGAAAGUUCGUUCUGGUAUUCUUUGACGACAUUUUGAUCUAUAGUAAGAAUGAAGAGGAACAUAAGAGCCAUUUGGGAAUAGUUCUCUCAAUCUUGAGAGAAUAUUCAUUGUACGCCAAUAAAAAGAAGUGCAGUUUUGCCCAACCAAGAAUAGAAUAUUUGGGACACAUAAUUUCAGGGGAAGGCGUUGAGGUAGACCCAGAGAAAAUACGUUCAAUUGCUGACUGGCCGAUACCAAAAACUGUUAAAGAAGUCAGAGGAUUUCUUGGCCUAACCGGAUAUUAUCGACGAUUCGUACAACACUAUGGAUCCAUAGCCGCACCACUAACACAGCUUCUUAAAAAAGGAGGUUUCACAUGGAACAAAGAAGCUGAAGAAGCGUUCGGAAGAUUAAAAGAAGCAAUGACAUAUUACCGGUAUUAGCCCUCC